GACUCUGACGUCAUGACUGCUCCGCGUUUGAGUAUGUGCGCACGACAACGUAAAGUCUUCUGGUGCUAGCUAUCUCCGGUGUGUUGACUCAGGAAGCUUCGGCAAACAAUUUGAUAGACACACACACAAGCACACAUUUUUUCCCUUUUAGAUACAUUUGAUGAAGCGGUGACAACUGUACGGGAUGAAACCGAGGACGCGACACGUCCUGCUGCUGUGGCUGCUGCUCUGCUCCGGCUUCACGGAGGCUAUCGAGCCCAUCAGUACUAGCAUAGCGGUCGGUAUGGCUGCGGCUCUCACCGGCUUUCUAGCCCGUUACCAGAACAUUUUCUACUAUUUCCACGAGUGCUGUCGACCCGAGUGGAUUUCCUUAAACAGUACAGGUCUUCAGGCUGACCUGGAAAGCAAACUGUUCGGACAGCAUGUCGCGUCACGCAUCAUCCUGAAAGCUGUGAAUGGAUUCAUGAGCAACGACAACCCGAAGAAGCCCCUGGUGCUCUCUCUGCACGGAUGGACCGGUACGGGGAAGAACUUUGUCAGUUCGCUGAUAGCUGAGAACAUUUACAAGGAGGGAAUGGACAGCAGCUUCGUCCAUGUUUUCACGUCCGAACUUCACUUCCCACAUCCGAGUCAAAUUGAAACUUACAAGACUCAGCUACAGCAGUGGAUCAAAGGCAACGUCACCAACUGUGCACGCUCCAUGUUCAUCUUUGAUGAGAUGGACAAGAUGCAACCCGGCUUGAUCGACAGCAUUAAGCCGUACCUGGACUACUACGACAAGCUGGAUGGAGUUUCUUAUCGAAAAGCCAUCUUCAUCUUCCUCAGCAACGCUGGAGGGGAUAGCAUCAUACAGACGGCUUUAGAUUUCUGGAGAGGAGGACGAGAUCGAGAAGAGAUCGAGCUGAAAGACCUGGAAACAUCGCUCUCUCUGUCGGUGUUCAACAACAAGAAAAGUGGCUUUUGGCACACAAGCUUGAUUGACAAGAACCUGGUGGACUUCUUCGUCCCGUUCCUGCCUCUGGAGUACCGUCACGUCGUGCAGUGCGCCCUGUCCGGGAUGGCGGACAGAGGACUCCCGCCAAACCAGGACGUGGCAGACCAAGUGGCCAGAGAUUUAGUCUAUUUCCCCAAAUCCGAGAGAGUGUUUUCUGUCAAAGGCUGCAAGACGAUAGACAGCAAAUUGGACUACUACACAUAAAAGUCAGCAUCUGAUGGACGCCAAUGUUCAAUCACUAUGUGCACUUUUUUUUUUUUUUUUUU